AUGGCUAAUCCAAUUCCAUUCAAGGUCGUUUACAAAGUUGCACGAGGUAGCGAAAUUGAUGCGACCAUAUUCCUACCUCCACACUCACAAGCACCAUGCCCAGUCCUAAUCAACAUCCAUGGCGGAGCUUUCAUGCUGGGUGCAUCAGAAAUGGUUAACCGAGACCAAAUCAAGGACUGCCUAAACCGAGGCUGGAUUGUAGUCGUUCCCAACCAUCGCCUCUGUCCACAGGUUAACCUACUCGAGGGCCCAAUGCAAGAUUGUAGAGACCUUCUUGAAUGGAUAUAUGACCAUGGGCUAGAAAGGACCAUCCACGGACACUCCCAUCCACAUACGUGUGACCUCGAGCAUGUAUUUGCUUUCGGAACAUCAUCUGGAGGCCAUCUGGCUUUAUCUCUCGGUUUCGGAGUGCCCCGUCCAGUUGCUGGAAUCUUAGACUUUUACGGGCCUUGCUCCUUUGAUGACCCGUUUUGGACCUCACGACUCCCGCAUGUGGCUGCAAAAUUGCCUCCGAACCUGAGCCCAGAAUUCCUCAACCGUGUUUUUGCAGAAGAUCCGGUUCCAAUUCGUGGUGGAGUCUCACUUGAAGGUCAGGCUAGUCCGGCUGGUCCUAAUUUGAACGACCCAAGGCAGGCCUUUGCCUUAACACAAAUCGCUAAUGGUAAAGUUUUGGAGACUGUCUUUCCGUCCCAAGACUGGCAGAAGGUUGAUCCAAUUCUCAACAUCAACUCGCAGUUUCCACCAACAUUUAUCGUUCAUGGUCUAGCUGAUACGAUGGUGCCUAUUAUGCUGAGCCGGGCUUUACUUCAAGAAAUGAAGAAACAUAACGUACCAUGUCAACUGUUGGAGAUCCCCGACGAAGAACAUACUUUUGCAGCUCAGAUGAAAGUGGGGUCAUUAACAUGGGAUCUACAGAGACAGGGUAUUGACUUCCUCGGGAGCUUACUCAAGAGUUAA